UCCUCUUUUGCUUACUGAGUGGUCGCAGGAGCAGAAAGUCCUCGAGAGUCUGUACUCGGCCUGCGCCCUGCAGACGAGGUAGCUGCUGCAGGUAUGGCUCGCAUCAUUGACCUGGUGCCUUGGGAUGAUGGCUCCACCCACGUGUAUGCGUCCCCAGCCAUCUUGCUCCCUAUGGAGCGACAGCGCUACCAGCUGGCCGGUGUGAAGCAGCAGCUCUACCACCCAGCCCUACCCACUCUGCGCCGCAUGGACAUGGACACCACCAAGGCCUGCCUCCCAGACGAGCACUGCCAGUCCACCACCUACUGCUGCAAAGAUGAGUUUGACAAUGCGCAUUUCACACUCCUGGGGGUCCCCAAUAAACCCUUGCAGUGCUUGGACAUCACGGCGACCGGCCAGAGGCUCCACCACAAGUACAGCGAGGGGAAGCUGGCGCCCAUCGCGCCGGGCAUCAAUCGGAUCGACUGGCCCUGCUUCACGCGCGCCAUCGAGGACUGGUCCCGCUUCGUGUCCUCUGCUGGGGAGUUCAAGCUGCCUUGCCCGGGCAAGAGGGUCGAGAGUUUCAGUGGCUACGCGGUGCGGUACUUGAAGCCAGAUGUGACCCAGAACUGGCGGUACUGCCUCAACCAGAACCCCAGCCUAGACCGCUAUGGACAGAAGCCUCUGCCUUUCAACUCUAAACGCUUUCCGGCGCUUCGGCUCCCACUACAGCCGUAGCAAUUACCUGACCCCUUGGCAUUAAUCUGCGAAAAGAAGGCCAGCCAACACCCUGACUGCAGGACCAUGUCCCUCAGAUCCCCCAGUGGGACAAAAGGACAUAUAGUAGAACCACCCACUUCCUGACUAGAAAUAAACAUAACGCUUUCUCAGGGAGGCGGGGUGUGGGUGGGGGGGAGAAGAGAGAGAGAAGGAUGAGAGUUUUACCUUGUCUGUCACCUGCCAACUCCUGGAAAACUAUGGGCCUUGGCAGAGGGUCAGAGUCAAAACCCAGGCCCAGCCAGCAUUAAGGUCAAGGGCACAUCCAGGUGGAUUUUCUGUGCUCCUGUGCUUUGCCUGCACACCCCAUCCAAGCCCCUCCCCUACCUCAGAUUCUCAAGGAGGGGUUAGAAAGGAAUUUGCUGGGGCCUCUUUCUGAAGCCCUGCCAUACCAGUGUGCUCUGAGUGGCUUCCUGGAGGCAGGCUCUGGGGUGGGUUGCUGGUUCAGCCUAUGUCCUCUUAUUCCUAUGAAGCAGCAGAAUGUGGGUUUAUACCUGAAUGAGAAAGUCCAUCCUGGAAUGUGACCCAAGCAAACAUUUGAGCCCUGUCCCUGGAUGCUGGGGUGACAUGCAAGAUGCCAUCCCUGCCUCUGAGGUGCUUCCAGUCCAAUGGGAGAGACAGGCAAGUACAGCCAAUUCAAACCCAAAACCAUGCUCCGCCAUCCCAGGACACCAUGGAUAGUAACCCAUGCCAGCAGUUUCACUGCAGGUUCACAGCCACUGAUUACUUUUAAUCCUGGUUUCGUAAAUAUAAAAAGGCACGCCUAAGAAUAAUGGAAACAGAUUAGGAAGGCAUACACAAGGCUGAUUUUGUGUGCACAGUACUGUCUGUUCUUAAACGGAAGACAAGGCAUUAAGCAGUUGCAAGCCCCACAGGAUGGGUAAUUUAAAGCCAUUUGUCAGCUGAUAAAAUGUAGCUGGGAGGUUACAUGAUUGGCACAAGAUCACACAGCUGGUGACUGGCAGCGCUGGGGAUUGAAGACUGUCUAACCCCUGGACCUGUGGCCAUCGUAUUCUGCUUUCCUGCUAUGAGAGGCAAGCCAAGAACAGGAAGGACAUGGGAAGGGAGGGGCUUCCUGAGGCAUCUGGGUAAGGCUCAGGAGGAGGACAGGAUGUCCCAUCAGGAAACUCUCAGAAGCCAUGAGCAGCUGGGUAUAGUGGUAUAUGCCUGUAAUCCCAGAACUUGGGAAGCUGAGACAGGAGGAUUGACCUGAGUUGAAGGCCUGCUUGACCUACAUAGUUCAAGGCUAAUCUGAACAUAGU